GGCGGGGGCCCAGCAUCGGGCCGGGGCCGGGGGGGCGCCGGGGCCGGGGGGCGGCGCUCCGGCCCGGCCCGGCCCCGCCCGAUGUCCAUGAGCGCGAACACCAUGAUCUUCAUGAUUCUGGGGGCGUCGAUCGUGAUGGCCAUCGCGUGCUUGAUGGACAUGAACGCACUGCUGGACCGAUUCCACAACUACAUCCUCCCGCACCUGCGGGGCGAGGACCGCGUCUGCCACUGCAACUGUGGCCGGCACCACAUCCACUACGUAAUCCCUUACGACGGGGACCAGUCGGUGGUGGACGCCUCCGAGAACUACUUCGUGACAGACAACGUCACCAAGCAGGAGAUCGACCUCAUGCUGGGGCUGCUGCUCGGCUUCUGCAUCAGCUGGUUCCUGGUGUGGAUGGACGGCGUCCUGCACUGCGCCGUGCGCGCCUGGAGGGCCGGCCGGCGCUACGACGGCUCGUGGACCUGGCUGCCCAAGUUGUGCAGUCUGCGGGAGCUGGGCCGGCGGCCGCACAGGCCCUUCGAGGAGGCGGCCGGCAACAUGGUGCACGUGAAGCAGAAACUCUACCACAACGGCCACCCGAGCCCGCGGCACCUCUGAGCCGCGCGCAGGACUCGCGGGGCCUUCGGCCAACGCGCCCACGCACACGGGACUGGACGGCCGCCCCGGGCCAGGGCGCCCGCCGGGCGUGUCCAGCGGAAGGUGCUGUCUCCUCUUCUUUUUAUAAAAGGGGGUCGGGGCGGGGCAGGCUGCCGGCCUGGGGACAGAACCCCGGCCGUCCGGCCGCGUAGGGCGCGGGGGCCGGGACGGCGGGCCCCGAGCGGGGGCGCGCGAGGGGCGCGGGCACCUGUACGGGCGGCCGGGACCACCACCUCGCCCCCGCGCACUGCAGUCUCGCUUGCGCCUGGGCUGGGACCACGUCUGUUACUUAAACCCGGCUGCUCCUCGGGGCCAGUUCUGGCAGAGGGAAGCGAAGCCGGGAGAGGGUCUUGACAGGGAAGGGGGCCGGCCCCCGGCCGCGCCCACGUCUGCACACGGGAGCAUGUGCAUGGGGCGUGUGCGUCCGCGGGCCGCACUGGGGGUGGGGGGCGGGAGACAGGGGUCUGGGGGAGGCCCCGGCCUAGCAGCAAUAAGGCCCCUGAGCCCCACUGCGGCAAGUGCGGCCACCCUGCCCAGGGCAUCCCCGGUCGGGCGCCUCACUGUGACCCCCACCCCUGCUGGUCAGUAAAUUCUCCAGAAAGCUCCAGCCUCUG